GAGUGUCACUUGAGUUUUGUGUGUGCCGUGAAGAGAUCUUCUAUUUGUGUCUCCUGUGCUUUUAGUCCUCCCAAUAAAGGCCCUCACAUCUGCACAAAAUCAUUCCCUAAACGCCUCACUGUGAUGUCCUGCUAAAUGUGAUUGUUGCGUAAAAAAAAGAGCGCCAAGUGUGGGUGAAAAUGUGUGAGAAAAAAAUCGUGUGAAAACUCUCUGUCCUGUCAAAGCCAUCUUGGGACACUUUUCAUCAAGUGAAGCGCCCCGGGUGACACCACAAUGGGCCAGUCCUCUAGUCAGCAGUUGGGCCAGCGCAGUGGACGCAGCGCCAGCGUUGGCGGCACCCCAAGUCGCAUGCGAUUCCGUUCGCCCUUCAUGCGCAGGAAGCGCCACAAGACGCCUCUGAGCGCUGCCUUCGUGGCGCCCCACAUGGGCAGCCUGGAGGCGCUCAACAUCAACACGGCCACCGUGGAGCAACUCAUGACGCUGCCCGGCGUCAACCGGCGCGUGGCGCAGUGCAUUGUGGACCACAGAGCGGCCAUCGGCGGCCAAUUUCAGCGCAUCGACGACCUGGCCCUGGUUUCGGGCAUGGGCGCUGUGAAGCUGGAGCAGAUCCGGCCGGAGAUCUGCGUGCGACGGAAGCAGGGCUCCCUCCAGGGAUCAUCUCUCAGCUCCAGAACGCCUUCCGUUGAGUCCCUGCUGUCCGAACCCGCGCUGCCCGCGAGGCCGGGGCCGCUGAACAUCAACACCGCCACGGUAUUCCAGCUGCAGCAGGUGAGCGGCCUGAAUCAGGAGCUCGCGGCCAACGUGGUGGAGUACCGGAAGCGCAAGGGCCCCUUCAAGUCACUAGACGACCUGGGGCGCGUGAAGGGGCUCUCGCCGGCGCGCGUGGGCGCCAUCAGGGCGCUGCUCAGUCUCAGCGAUGACGAGGCCACACCGAAGACGCCGCGACUGCAUCGACACGCGUCCACGGUAUCCUCGGGCGGCGCCACGCCGGUGAGAAACGGCGGCCUGAGGCCCAGCCUGGCGCCGAACAGAAAGAGUCUGUCCGUGUCGGCGAUCCGGAUGAAUGGGACGCCGCUGACGGGACUCAAUGGUUUCCGGAAUGUGCCUGUGAAUGACAUUUACGACCUGCUGGGCGCGUAUUCGCACCGGCCGACCGUCGAGGGGGAGUUUCAGUUCAGCCGCGGCGGCAGGAGAGCCAUCAGGAUCGCCUCGUGGAACCUGGACAGACUCACGAAGGCCAAGGCGGAGAAUCCGGGCGUGCUGGAAGUGGUCUGCAGGACAAUAUUGGAGAAUAAACUAUCAAUUAUUUGCCUCCAAGAGGUCCUCCAUGGCUCUGCGCUGGCCAGGAUAUGCGAGGAGCUGAAUCAUCCGAGCCUGCGGCGGACGAUCGAGUGGCGCGAAAACUCGCGCCAGUGGAAAUUCCAGACUUCUGGCCGCGAGAGUCUCCUGAGCGGCCUCGGCUUCCUGUACGACGCCGCUCAGUGCGACUUCCUGGAGGCGGAGUCGCGUGCGCUGGACCUCAAGGGCUGCCUCGAGGGCUCCUUCGACGGCGUGCCGCCGGCCGCGCACUUGGCCACGUUCCGCCUGUCCACAUGGUGCGUGUCCGUGCUGAACAUUUACCUGAAGCACUUCAGUUUGGCGCGCAUCGACGCCGUGUUGAGCGCCGUGGCGGCACAGCGUGGCCACCAGGAGGUCUUUCUGGUGGCCGGCGACUUCUCGGGCGUGCGGCCGCGUGCGCGCGAGGGCUGGCCCGGCUGGGAGGCGGGCGCCAAGGGUGCCGACGCGCGGCUGGGCAUGACAGUGGACGUGGAGGACACCAAGUACUACAAGAUGCUGGAUGUGAAAACGACCAGCUUCGACGCGGACGCCCAGGAGGCGAGUCAGUGCAACAUCCUGUGCCGCGAGUCGCUGCCCGUGCACCGGAACGCGUUCCGCGAGGCCAUCUACAAGAGCAAGUCGCUGUUCGACAAGGAGCUCCUGGCCAAGGUGCCACCGGUGCGCGCUGGCACCUCGGACCGCCUCACCGGCCACGCGGCGGUGGUGCGCCAGGGCCUCUGCCACAUGGCCAUCCCGCGCGGCUGGACGUGGGGCGGGCCGGCGUCGGAGUUCUGUCCGGUGUUCGUGGAGCUGUUCCAGGACGCCGGCGGCCACGCGAACGGCGACGCCAGUGAUCUCAACUCCAGCUCCGACUCGGUGUUCGCGGCGCCCAAGUGAC